AUGACAAAGGGUAAUGAUGAUGGUGUUCCAAUGGAAUAUUAUAUGCAACAGGAUGAUUCAUCAGCACCACAAUCACCAUAUUUUCCAAAUCUGCAUCAAGAGCAACAAUCGCAAAUAAAUAUAAACCAAACAUUCCAACCACAACAGCAGCAACAACAACAAAUACAACAUAAUCCGCAACAAUUACAGCAACAACAAGAUCUAUAUGAUUCACAAUAUCUUUUUUUAAAACCAUCACCAGAUGCACAAGAUUACGAAGACUUGGCAAUAAAAGAUAAAUUUUUAGAAAAUAUGUUUGGUGCAAAUGUAAGAUCAAAGAAAGCAAAAGUACCAGAGGGUUUUGUGGUUUCAUAUACUAAAUCAGGACAACCAUUUCUUAUAUCAGUAGCAUAUGCACAUCAAGAUAACGAGGAUUAUUUAGCGGCAAACGAACAUUCAAAGCAAGCAUUACCGAUCGCAUGCUCAAACGCAGAGGUUGAGAGGGUGUAUGGUACUGGUAUCUAUUUAUACUUUAACUUCAUCACAUUUUGUAUCAUAGUCAACGUCAUACUAUUGGUCUUUGUAUUGAUCAAUCUUGUGCCACACUUUUAUUAUGGCUCGAGAAAGGACGAUUUCAGUGGUUUCACCAUUCAAGACUAUAUAUUGAUUGCACCAAAUCUUCAAUCCUACUAUCAAAGUGAGGCCAAACUAUACUAUUUCUGGUCAACUUUUGCCUGUGUACUUUUAUCGUUUGCCGUAGGUCCAAUCUAUGCCCUCAAAGUAAACAAAUAUUUCCAAAAAAACAACAAGGUAGACUUUGAAGACGGUUUUGAUUCUGAUGAUAUCAUUUUAAAGAAUGUUAAUCUCUCUGGAAAAAAACGUAUCAUUAGACGUGUCAUUAGUUAUUCGAUUUUCAUCAUCCUACUUUGUAUAUCGACUGUAUUGUGCGCAUUGGUUUUAAAAUUAAUCAACUCUUACAAAGAAAACAACUUUUUAUCUCUCUCACUUGUCACCUCAUUCAUCUCAGCCGCCAUCAUCAGAAUCAUCAAUGUAAUUUACGACCAAAUUUCCAUCUAUUUAACAAGAUUCGAACGUCAUUCAACAUGGACCCUCUUUAAGAUCCACAAUACUUUAAAGCUUUUUGUUUUCAAAGUUGUCAAUGUUAUUAUUCUUUAUAUUUUAAGAGAUCAAAUCUUUGAAAAGAUUACUCAUAUUGCAAUUUUAGAAGGUUGUCCAUUAGUAGAUGCUGGUUCUCAAUUUUUAUUAAUUUUAGUUUUAGAUUUAACUUUAUCAAAUUUAUGGGAAAUUAUAUAUUCACUUAUUUUUGCAGCAAUCGGAAAAAGAAGAGAACAAUCAGGUAAAAGAUCAAGCGAUUACUAUAAACCAGAAUUUGAUUUAUCAGAAGAGUAUUUAGAAAUUCUUUACAGACAAUUUAUCGUUUAUUUGGGUAUACCAAUCUAUCCAAUUGUAGCAGUAUUUGGCGUAGCUUGUAAUAUAGUAGAGUAUUAUGUCGAUCGUUUCAGAUUAUUUAGAAUUUGUAAGAAACCACACAGAAUGCAAGGUUCAAUGAAAAAAUUCCUUUCAUUCUAUCUAUUAAUUAUCUCCAUUGUCUCUGUUGUAACUUAUCCAUAUGGUAGUGGUUGGGUAUUAAUUCAAAUAGGUUUUAAACAUGGUUCAUUAUAUAAUAAAUGUUCAUAUCUAUUUGAAAAUGUUAUUCCAACAUUAAACAGUUCUUCAACAUUAUAA